UAGUGGAGUAUUAAAGUAAAUAAGUAUCGAUGAGUAUCUUAGACGCUAUUUAUUUUCUUAACUAUUAAAUUUAAUUUUUAUACUAUAAAGUAAUAUGUAUCACUGCAUUUAAAUUUAUGCUAUAAUUGUUUUUGAGUCAUGUAAUAAAAAAUUUUAUCUCUGUUAAGAUCAUCAUUUUAAUUGUCUGAUUUAUUAUUUACUUAAUUCAAACAAAAAUGGCGGCUCACUGUUUCGAUCCAAACAACAAAGCUAGUUGGUAUUUUGGCCAAAUGUCUAGAGUUGAAGCAUCAGAUUUAUUGAUGAGUGAACGAGAAUGUGGAACAUUUUUAAUUAGAGACAGUCUCAGUAUACAAGGAGAUUAUGUGUUAUGUGUGAGGGAAGAUAGUAAAGUUAGUCAUUAUAUCAUAAACAAAAUUCAAGAAAAUAAUGAAACAAGGUAUCGAAUUGGAGAUCAAGUUUUUAGUGAUUUACCUGCUCUAUUAGCAUUUUAUAAACUACAUUACCUUGAUACUACACCUCUCUUAAAACCUGCUGUAAAACCAAUAGAAAAAGUUGUUGCCAAGUAUGAUUUUCUUGGCAAUGAUCAAGAUGAUUUGCCAUUUAGAAAAGGAGACAUUUUGACAGUUCUUGUAAAAGAUGAAGAACAAUGGUGGACAGCUAAAAAUAUGAUGGGCCAAAUGGGAUCUAUUCCUGUUCCAUAUGUUCAAAAAUAUGAUGGUACUCAACCUCCUUUACCUGUUAAGGACAGCUCUCAGAACUCGGGAUCUACUAAUGAAUCUACUUUAAGGCGGUCCAGUUUGCAAAAAAAAUUACCUGCAUUAGCUCGAGUUAAGCAAGUGAGGGUACCUAACGCUUAUGAUAAAACGGCAUUAAAACUAGAAAUUGGCGAUAUAAUCAAAGUAACAAAAACAAAUAUUAAUGGUCAAUGGGAAGGUGAACUUAAUGGUAAAACAGGACAUUUUCCAUUUACUCAUGUAGAAUUUGUAGAUAAUGAAAUAAAUGACUGUAUAAAUGAAAGCUAAUCUCUAUAACCUUUGAACUAAUAAGGUAGCUAUUAAUUAUUUUUAGUGAGUCCAACAAAACUGACUAAGUUCUGAUUAAAUAAAUAUAGAUUAUAUUUUUUAAUGAAAUAAACAAAUUUGAACUUAUUAA